AUGGCUGGAACACUGGCUACCGGGGUUGCGACAUUGAUCUUCAGCCUUACCGGCGUCAACUUUGAAAACAGCAUCGUCCGUCCGAAUGGAAAUCUACUUCUGACCACCAUCAACAACGGCAGCCUGUACGAAAUUGACCCGUCCUCUGCAAGUCCAGCAGCCCACCUAACUGCCACCUUUGGCGGCGCCAACGUACUCGGGAUCAGCUCAAUCGGCAGCGACAAGUAUGCAAUCGCAGGUGGUUUCAGCAGCGGUGGUGGCGGUGGCGGCGGCCCUGGCGGUUAUUCCAACGGAACCAUCUUCACGAUAGAUCUAAGCACCAACAGCACGCUGCCGCUCCUCGGGAGUCCCGCCGCCACCAUUCCCGACUCGCAGCUCCUCGACGGCCUGACGGCCCUGCCGGCGCAGCCGCACGUCCUCCUCGUGACCGACGCGCUACAGGGCCUCGUCUACCGCGUCGACACGGCCACGGGCGCCGCAGAGGUCGCAGCCCAAGACGACGCCUUUGCGGGGAGCCCCGGCGUCAACGGCAUCAAGAUCCUCGACGGCCACGCCUACUUUACCAAUACGGCGACCAAGACGUACGGGCGCUUUGCCAUUUCCGACGACGGCCUGCAGGCCGGCGCCGUGGAGAUCAUCGCCGAGGACGCGAGCUCCGACGACUUUGCCUUGGGGCCCGGCGGCAUGGCCUACCUCGGCCGGCAGCAGUCGCCCGCGGCCGUGGUGCGGAUACUGCCCGACGGCACCAAGGAGGAUAUUGCCACCUCGGCGGCCAUGGGCCGACCUUGUUCCUUGGACUUGGCUCUGGAUGGCAAGACUGGUUAUGUGACGACUGCGAGUGGGCAGGUUUUUGAGUUUGAUGUGCCAGAGAUUUGA